UUCGUUUCAUGCAAUGCAUUUCAUUCUCUUUGAUGUUCUCGGUGCAUCGAUUGUGUUAUUUGCUUUUGUUCUUUAGUUUAAGGGUUUUAGGGCUGGCUAGGUUCAGAAUUGACGACUCGUUUUUGGGUGAAAAUGGGUGCUUGAUGGUUCAAGCGUUGGUGGAUUCCGAAGGGAGAACACUGGCAAGUACUGGUUUGGGUGGUCAGCUUUCUGGAGAUAUUGGAUCACUGUCUGAAUUGGAGAUUUUAAUCGGGCACAUUCCUGUGAUUGAUGAGAAGGGGAUGAUUGGAAUGGUGUCCAUUGGAGAUGUGGUUCAUGUUGUGGUGCGCGAGCACCGUCAAGAGUUUGAGCAUUUGAAUGCUUUCAUACAAGGGGGUUAUUAGAUGUUGAUGAUGGUGAAAAUCUCUGAAGAGACUGAAGCUAAUUUGGAUUAAGUAAUAAGCCUGAGUGUUUGUAAAUAUGUUUGUGAUUUCAGUUCUAUCAACAUUAACCC